UUGUUUGUGGAACUCAUUAAUUGCUUCCAUUAUCAUGAUAACAAUGCCCCCUCCCUCUCUCCUUCUGCAACUCUAGAUUUCAACUAUUCUCAAAUGGCAUUUGGAACCAAAUUUGUGAACAUAAUGAUGCCCGAUCUCAUGGAAAGAAUGAAGGUGCCAUCAGCCUACUGUGAGAAGCUACAACAAGAGAAAUCAAGAAAGGCAGUGUUGAAAACUCCUAAAGGAAGUUGGGAAAUGAAGGUGCGCAGAGACGAUGAUGGUGACAUCGUCUUCGAAGACGGAUGGCCACGAUUUGCCCGCGACCACGCCCUGAACGACCGCGAUUUUCUAGCGUUCGAGCACACGGGCAAUCUGCACUUCGACGUCGUCGUCUGCGACGCCCGCACCGCCUGCGAGAAGAAACCUAUCGCGGACUGCAGGAAUGCUAUGCCGCAAAAUCAAGACAAAGGGAAGGCAGAGAAGAAAGGUGUUAUUGAAUCCCAAAUUAUGCCGUCUUUCAGCAUUGAUAUAACACCUUAUAUCGUCCCCACUAAAUUUAAAAGUCCCGUAGUGGGUAUCCCGGCGCAGUUUGCGAGGAGGAGCAAUCUGGACAGCAAAAAAAGCAUAAGUUUAAGGGACCCUAAAAACAGAAAAUGGCCCAUAAAUCUGAUAGUUAAACGCGAGCCCUACUUUCGCGUGUCCAUGUGUGGUGGGUGGCGUGACUUUUAUGCAGCUAAUGCUAAGCACCUCAAAAUUGGAGAUAAGUGCAUCUUACAUCUCAACUCCACUUCCUCAACCUCCAAAACUGCAGCCCUUGAUGUGGAGUUUUAAUUUCAUCUAAAUCUUUAGGCUUUUAAUUUCAUGAUUCCAAUAUGUAUUAACUACUCUACUUAAUAUGUGGACUUUAAUGUCUUAUGUAUUUCCAUA